AAGCUUAUAGAUUUAGGGGAAGUGUUUUACAUAUCGAACUGGUGGGGUAAUAGUCGAUAUAGUGCAAAUAGUCAUUUAUAGAACAUAUACAGAAAUCCAAGGUCUAGAACUAAAAAAGACCCUUAUAUAACGCAUACACAUCGUUUUCCUUCGCUCAGUUCUCGCUUAGUUAUUUCGUCAUGAGACUUAACUUAGUUGCGUUUUAUUAUGUUUUGACUUUGGCAGCAGUAGUAACUGCAGCAGACCCUCCAGCUGCCGCUACCACUACCCCAGCUGCCGCUGCUCCGGCUGCACCUGCUGCUGCACCUGCUGCUGCACCUGCUCCUGCUCCAGCUCCAGCUCCUGCUGCUGCUGCUGCUCCUGCUCCUGCUGCCGGUGCUGCCACUACGAACACUGACACAACAGCUACUACUCCAGCAGCCGCAGUACCUAAUACUGCUACCACUGCUACUACGCCAGUUGUUCCUCCUGCUGCUGGUGCUGUUGCAACAACUCCUACAACUGGUACAACUCCAACUACACCAGUAAUUCCAGGGGCUGCCACUACGCCUACAACUACACCAGUAGGUGCAGCAGGUGUUGCCACUACUCCAACUGUAACUCCAGCUACCACUGCUUUAGGUGCCACUACACCUGCUCCCGCAGGAGCUGCUGCUGCAACUACACCAGUUGCAGCCGCUGAUAACACAGCUACUAUGAAUGCCGCUCAAAUUCAACAAUGGUUAGCUACACAAACCAUAUUAUCUCUGUCAUCGGUGGCUACUACGCUCACUACUAAUACAUUACCUAACACUUUACCAUUCGUUAAUGCUGCCACUGCAGCAGACAACCCUGCACCUGAAACAGUCUCACUUAUCACCACUAUGUUAGAACCAUCUACUACAUCAACACAAGCAGCUGCUAGUUCAGGAUCACCAUCUCAUCCGGCAUCAGCCAAUCCAGCUCCUAUCACUUCAUAUAAUAACUGGUUAUACAUUCUUUCCUUAUGCUUAUCACUCGCUACUUUCGGUACUACACAUGUGUAGUCUUUCAAAACAUUUUCCCUUUGUACACUUUAUAUUUGUUAAUACUUCUCUAUAUUUAAAAUAUACAAAACCGUGCCUAUACA